ACCAUUAAUGAAAAAUCUGCCUAUAAUUAUAAAGUUUUCUAUCAGCAAUUAUCCAUCGAUUCGUUUUGUGAAGGCUGCUUUCGGGAGUGUUGUUACUGAUGCUGAUUGAACACAGAAACAUCUCGGUAAAUAGUUGUGUGAGAAUAUACGGCAGCAGGAACCUGUUCGACAUCCGGGGGUCGUUGGAAUUACUCGGAGAAGUUGGAAAUUAUUCCAUUUUUUUGUGUGUGCUAAGCUGCAGAGUGCGAAAAUACAAAAAUAUGUGCGUGAAACAAGUUCGUCACUGAAAAAAGGGAAUGUUGCCAAAGGGAGUGUUAUAUUUACUCCCCACCACGUAGCAAGAGCCUCUAAAAAUUUCUUUGAAAGGAAAUUAGUGCAGUUCUUUCAAGGGUGAAAAUAAAGGUGUUGAGUGCAAAGUGCAGGAAGCCAAAAUAUGCAGUUUUAAGUUUUUGGCAGAAAGUGCGUUCAUAAGGUAGUACUAAAUCAAAAAAGCAUGAAAAACGUAAAAUAUUGUGCAAUAUUUUGAGAAAGUACACAAAGAAAAUCGGUGUAGGUAAUUGUCCAUUCUGCCAAGCAGAGGAUUUGUGAUAAAGUGCACAGAGACGGUAGGAUAAAAUGGAUGAACGACUGCUAAACGAUCUGCUGGAGUGCUCCGUUUGUCUGGAACGAUUGGACACAUCCUCUAAGGUGCUGCCAUGCCAACAUACUUUCUGUCGGAAAUGCUUGGAGGAAAUUGUGGCCAGCCAUCAGGAGCUGAGAUGUCCGGAGUGUCGGGUGCUGGUGGAUAUAAAAAUCGAUGAACUUCCACCCAAUGUACUGCUGAUGCGUAUCCUGGAAGGCAUGAAAACAGCUGAGUUGAACAGUCAAAAUAUAAACAUAAACAAAGCAGCCCGAACCGGCGUUGGAGGUGGAGGUGGCUCAAACAUCUUCAGCCUGCAAGUCCAGCAACAACAGAAUCAUCCUAGCAUAGCAUAUCAGAACCAAGGCUCAUCACAGCACCAACAGCAGCAGUAUGUGAAAAAUAAUAAGACUGACCAGCUGCUGCAUCAGCAGUGCCACGGUCAGAACCAGACUCAGCAAGGUCAACAGCAGCAUGCAGCGAACCGUAUCAUUACGCCCGCGUCGGGCAACAACGCGCUAGAUUUGUCGAAAAUCCCACACGCGAAAGCAUUCUACGACUUCGCCUCCAAUGAGACCAGCGAUAUAAGUUUCAAGAAAGGCGAUAUCAUCAUACUGAAGAAGAAAAUCGACCAUAACUGGUGUGUAGGAGAAGUAAACGGAAAGGAAGGAGCCGUUCCGUUGAAUCAUUUGCAGGUGAUAGUACCGUUACCGUAUCCACAGUGCAAGGCACUGUACGAUUUCAGUAUGGGACCUAACGAGGAAGAAGGCUGUCUAACGUUUAAGAAAGGUGCUUUAAUCCAUGUACUUCGCCGAGUGGACCAAAACUGGGCAGAAGGCCGGAUUGGGGAUAAAAUUGGCAUUUUUCCGAUUUCUUUCGUUGAGAUGAACAUACUUGGAAAGCAGCUAAUGGAUGCAGCUAUGAAACACUUGCUAGCCAAUGCUUCUAACAAUCGUACUGUUCCACCGACUCCGUUCGACUUGAACGCUAGUGAUACUACAAGCUCUAGUGUAACUACCAGUCCAAAUUCUUCCGCAAGCACGACAAGCUCAAACUCGAGUACGGCUCCAAGCAGUCCAACGUCACAUUUCGUGACAUCUGCAGCAACCGCCACAGCAGUAACUACUACUACUAGUGGCCACUCAAAUCGGGAUCAUAAAGAGAAACGUCACUCGUUGACAACAUUUGCAGUCAGUUCUACUGGGGGGCCAGUUCUCGUAGGUGGAUCUCUUCAUCAUCCUGAUCGGCAUUCUGCAGAAAUUCUUAACGUUGCUGAAACUGAGAGAUCACAGCUGCAAUCCAGCAAUAAAACGUCUGCACCUUCCACGACUCCAUCAGAUCAAUCACAGAUGAAUCGACCGGAAAUACUCAAUUGUCAGAAGACAAAUGCAACUAAAACAAGUCAAGUAUAUCACCAGCAUCCGCAACUACCUGCCACAUAUGUCGCUCUCUAUCCGUACAAACCUCAGAAGCCAGAUGAGUUGGAGCUUAAAAAAGGAUCAAUCUACUAUGUAACGGAACGUUGUAAAGAUGGUUGGUUUAAAGGAGCAAAUCGACAACAAAAGACUGGCGUCUUCCCUGGUAACUACGUAACUGUUUACAAGGGUCGUGAAGCUGGUCAAUCUACCCGUAAUCCACAUCCCCAGGGACCAUCUACUAGUGCCCAAAAUCCGUCCAGUAACCUAGCACAAAUCACAUUACCUGCCUUACCACCUAGAGAUAGCACUACAAAUUCAGCUGGCAUCGUUUGGACAAAACAACAGACUCAAUCCGGCAAUUACAUAGAUUCCUUAUUUGGAAGAAAAUCCGGAGGUACUCCCACAGAUAAAAAUUCUCCAGUGAGUUCUGCUCCAGCCGGAGGAGAAAAUACCCAAGCAGCAUGUCCCACUUCAAAAGAAAAGAAAGAUUCAUCGGCAGUAAGUUUAAUGAAAAGACUCACCAAUAUUAAGCGGUCGAAAUCACCUACAAAUUCGAGUGGCGGCAAUACGAAUCCUGCUUACUCGAUGGACAAUCCUACGUUUGAUGAUAGCACGGUGGCAGCUGCUUCAACAAUCGUCAAACCAAAUCUUCAGCAGAUAAUCAAUCCAGUGCACGUCAGAUCUGGAUCUUGCCCAAGCCAGCUCUUGCAAACGUUUCCGGUGGAUCAGAUGAUCGCCCACGGUCGGGAAAAUGUUCCUUACAUGUACGGUUCCCAAAGGGUGAAGCCCCACAAAGAACGUCCGUCGAUGCACGGGUUAAAAAAUGACAACACUACUAAAGACUCGGCCAAACAUUUUGCUAAAGCAGUACAACAGCAAUCGCACGAGGCACCGGCUGGAUCAUCGUCAACCGGUGGUCCGAAACAAUCGCAAGCCUAUCACCGAAAAUCUCAAAGCCUUGACGCUUCCGCAAUUAUCGGACAGAUGAAUGGCGCACCAUCAAAGCCAAAAUCACACUCGCAAACCGUACGAGAAAGAUUCAAGUGCAUCGUUCCGUAUCCACCGAACAGCGAGUACGAGCUAGAACUGCGUGUCGGAGACAUAGUGCUGGUGCACAAAAAACGUGACAAUGGUUGGUACAAGGGCACACAUCAGCGUUCCGGUAAAACCGGUCUAUUUCCGGCGUCCUUCGUCGAGCCAGACAUCUGAUAUCUGAAACUAGGUACUCGAAAGAAAUUUUAAUUGUUUUAAAUGAAACCGAAUGCAUUGUAUUAUGUAUGCAUUUAAGUAGACCCGGUGCUCUAGUAUUAACAAAAGACACCGUUGUUGGCUUUGUGUUAAAUUUCAUGAUGAAGAUAAUAACCGUACAUAAUUUAGCAAUACAAUUAAAUAAUUGUAAGCUUCCGAAUGAUAACAAAUAAAUCACUAGAACAACACCUUAAAUUAGGCCAACAAAAGUGCAAAUUUGUACCUAAUUGUUCUCUAUUAGGUCUUUUCAAAGUCUGAUUGAGUAAAUAUAUAGUUAUAUCAUGUUUUUAAAACGUUAUAUUUGUCUCGGUAUACGUGGGCGUCCAAAUUUAUUGUAUUUUAAUAUAGAGAACUGUACUGUACAAAUUCAACAUGUUCAUUUUGAAUCUAGGCAAUUCGACUAAUAAUUCUCACAGUCUAUUCUUGUGCAUUUACAUAAUCUAAUCGAGCAGGCUACAAAUCUCGUGUGUCUAAAACUUUAAUCGUUUACUCAUUCCAAAUAUUAUCAAACAGUAAAAACACAGAGUUUAAUAUACAAACAAUUUCUUAAUAUACUACUCCAAUCAUGAAUGUUGUGUUAAACUGCAAAUAUUUGAAACCAAUAGUGAAAGCAAAACUAUCCAUAUAGCAAAUUUUUAAGCAACAGUAUAAGCAUACGUAACGUGUUUCAUGUACAUCAAUAAAUAGUAAUAGCGCAAAUCUAUAUUUCAAAUCAUGAUGCAAACCUACAUAUAUUUGUCUGUCAACAGCAACACUAAUUCUAGAAAAAUGUUUUAGUUUCUCUGCGGUAGAAAGAAUAUCGCAAAGUAUUCAGCGGUAAAAGAGAAUCGUGCAAAAUCCGAAGAAGAUAUAAAACCAAGCGAUCCACUAUUUAUGCAAACUGCUAGCAUAUAUGUUUUUAUUUUGGAAAACAUUAGAAUGUUUAAUUAUUCGUUGAUUUUGGUGAAACGAAAAACCGAAAAAUACUUAGUUUAAAGAAAACAUGUCAUGCAAUACUUUAACAAGAGGUAUGAACAAAAACAGAAUAAUUCUGAAUAGGACAGAGAGCAAAAUCAACCAGCAGGCACAAGUCUUCUCGGGACAGGGUAAAUAUAAUUGCCACUAGUAAAUCGUUAUUUGAAACACACAAAAACAGAUGCCUUCUAUGGAUGGGAUAAAAAAACUAAAUAGUCUGAACGGUAGAGACAUUUUUGUGCCUCUGGAGAAAUUUGCGGAUGGCGUCAGGCAAUCACUUUUGCAACGUGUCGCCAUAAAAUGGUUCUGAGCUUGUUGCAAACCUGAUGCCAUCUGAAAUUUUCGAUAGAGCAUUUUUGGCAGUUGAAAUUAUAAACGAUGUGAAACAGGUAUACUCGUACUUUAA